UCAAUCUGACAAUCGAUUAGUAAGACUGGAAGUAGGCUAUUCUCUGUACUCGAUUAGCCUGGCCUACGCGUCAGAUUUCUGCCCAGCCCUGGUCUACCUUCCCCGUGUGCUACUGGCAGUGUUGUUCAGAAAAAAUAUCUUGUUAAGUGCUCACAAUUUGUUGUUGAGUGUCUCCCGAGCUCCUAUAACUAUUGCUGAAAAUGGCAGAUGACGAACUGGAAGCAAUCCGAAGGCAACGGAUGGCCGAACUUCAGUCAAAACAUGGGGGUGUAGCAUGGAAUCCGAUGAACCCGAAUGCACCUAAUGAUCAGCAGGCACAGCAGGAAUCCCAGCAGAGGGAAGCAGAAAUGAGAAACUCCAUACUGGCACAAGUUCUAGAUCAGUCAGCGAGAGCCAGAUUAAGUAACCUGGCCUUGGUGAAGCCAGACAAGGCCAAAGCAGUGGAGAAUUACCUCAUACAGAUGGCCCGCAUGGGACAGCUCGGGGGAAAGAUUUCAGAGACUGGAUUAAUUGAGAUCCUGGAAAAAGUAAGCCAACAAACAGAAAAGAAAACAACUGUGAAGUUCAACAGACGGAGGGUAAUGGACUCGGAUGAAGAUGAAGAUGACUAUUGAUUUUUUUUUAAACACAUCCUCUCUCUGGUCUCUGGUGGGAGAGUUUGCUAGCUGGUACUGUUCAGAGGUGGCAAUCUUUGACCUUGCCCAAGGCUUGUCUUGAAGAGCACUUUUUUUGGACAGACAUCUACACCCAACAGAACUCAACAUCAGGGCAGAGAUUUGCGUAGCUCACCCAUUUUUUCAUCGUCACCAUCUAUCACUUGCUUUUUUUCCUCUUUGUCACAAAAAGCAACGCGAAUGCAGUCUUGUCCCUGCAAUUCUGCAUCUACAAAGUUUCCCAGAGACUGUUUCAGGGAUUUAUUAGACCUUACAGAAUAAGCAGUCUACUGAACUUUGAUACUUUGAUAUCAAUUGCUACAUCCAUUAUGUUUUUGUUUUUCUUUUGUCCAUUGUUGUCAAUCUGCUAAUCGUUUACAUAAUAAAAAGCCUUAAAUGCAUCGAAAGAGGUACCAUAUUUCACUACAAUAACUUCGAUCACAUUUACUGUUACUUUGUCAUGUAGGUACCCAUAGUUACUUUUGAGCCAGGAACUAAAGGCUACCAUAUGCCCAGGUGUAAUUGAACUACACACCUGGAGGCUGAACUCACAGGUGUAAUAAAUGACUUGCUCAUGUACAGUAA